CAAUCAUUCAACUGCCGAAUCUCAGAUUGAACUCAAUGAAGUCGAUAGUCCACCAAGCUCCAUCUUACGCUUCUAUCCUUCAUAGGCUUAGUGGACUGAAGCCCCUUAAACAAGUUCACGCCCACAUAAUUACAUUAGGUCUUACCAACAACAUUUUUCUCGCCAACAGAUUGAUGAACUGUUACGCAUCGUCUGGUCUCAUGGCCGUGGCAGAGCACAUUUUCAGACGAAUUAAGCAUAAAAACGUGGUUUCAUGGACAAUUUUGAUAUCUGCAUUCACCAAAUAUGACCUCCAUAUGGAAGCUUUUGAGGUCUUCUGUGAGAUGAAGACGAGUGGGUUCCUGCCCAAUGCGGUUACCAUCACAAGCGUCCUACCUGCCAUUGCUAACUUGGGUUUGACUCAGAUCGGGAAAUCAUUGCAUUGUUUCUUGCUUCGAUGUAGCUUGGAUGUUAAUGUCUUUGUAGAAACAUCUCUCAUUUAUAUGUAUUCGAGAUUUGGUUGCAUAAAUGCUGCUCAGAGACUGUUCGACAGAAUGCCCUACAAAAACGUUGUUUCAUGGAAUGCUCUUAUUUCAGGCUAUUCUCAUAAUGGAUUUGGUGAAGAGGUUCUUUGUCUUUUCAAGUUGAUGCAGACAAAUGGGUUCCUUGCGGAUUUUAUGACAAUUAUGAGUUUGAUAUCGGGUUGUUCAAUUAUAGGUUGUUUACAGGCAGGGACUGCGAUUCAUAGUUACACAAUUAGACAUGGCUCUGAGAAUGACCUGCUUGUUAAGACUGCUCUGAUUGAUAUGUAUGUAAAGUGCAGGUGCAUUGAGCAUGCGUAUAGAGUAUUCAAUGAGACUCCAACGAAGGAUGUGGUUACAUGGACAUUGAUGUUAUCGACCUUUUCAGAUUUUGGCUACUGGAAUAAGGCUCUAGAACUUUUUAAUGAAAUGAUGUGCAUAGGCAUAGCAACUUUAGAUUCUGUUGCUUUGAUGGGUAUUCUAUCAAGCUGCAGCAGGUCUGGAGCUCUACAACAUGGCAGACGUAUUCAUGCACUUACAAUAAAAACAGGUUUUGGAGAUGAUAACUUCAUAGGUUCCACACUUAUAGACAUGUAUGCAAACUGUGGGGACCUGGAAAAUGCAAGAAAUGUAUUCAAAGGUAUGAAGGAAAGGGAUAUUGCAUGCUGGAAUGCCAUGAUUUCUGGUAGUGGGAUGAAUGGGUAUGGUGAUGAUGCAAUUGAUCUCUUUUUGCAAAUGAAGGGUUCUGGCUUAGAGCCUGCUAAUUCAACUCUAUUGUGUGUCCUGUCUGCGUGCAGCCACUCAGGAAUGGUUGAUCAAGGGCUCCACAUUUUCAAUUGUAUGGUUAAGGAUUGGCAUAUAAAGCUGAAUUUGCAACAGUUUGCUUGUGUGGUUGAUCUCCUCGGCCGUGCUGGGCGAUUAGAAGAUGCUCAUUCACUUAUAAAUAACAUGCCUUUGAAGCCUGAUUCUGGGGUUUAUGGGGCCUUGCUUGGUGCUUGUAGAGUUCAUGGAAAUAUGGACUUGGGGCUACAGAUUUCACAAAAGCUCUUUGAGUUGGAUCCAGAUGAAGCUGGUUACUACAUCUUGCUUUCAAACAUGUAUGCUACUGCUGGAAACUGGGAGGCUGCCUUGACGACCAGAAUAUCAUUGAGAUCAAAGGGAUUGAAGAAGACCCCAGGCUUCAGUUCAAUUGAGAUAGAUAGAGAGAUUCAUACAUUUAUGGCGGGAGAUAGAGAUCACCCCCAGUACCCUGAAAUUUAUAAUAUGUUAAAGGGCUUGAUUACAAAGAUUGAAACUGCAGGAAAUGUACCUGACACCAAUUGUGUUUUCCAGGAUCUACCAGAUGAGACAUAAAUUUCCUGUAUCACCAUAGUGAGAAGCUAGCUAUAGAGGGUUGAUGAGAACCCAACCUGGAACAAUCAUUUAGAUAGCUAACAAAAUUCAUACCUGUAAUGAUUGUCAAAAAGUGAGCAAAUUUAUCUCCAAGGCCCCUGGAAGAGAAAUAGUCAUGAAAGAUGCAAAUUGCUUUCACUAUUUUCAAGAUGAAGUCUUCUCUUGUAAAGUUAUAGGUUCCUUUGAGAACAACACAUGCAUUAUUGAUCCUGUACUAAUCUAAUCAGGAUUUAUGACAUUAUGCGGGGGGAUUCAAUAUAGCAGCUUGUGUUUGUUUGUGCUGUGCAUUCCUGCUGCUUCAUUCAUAUGGCAUCCUCAUGGAAUGUGGAGAAGUCCAGCAGCAUGAUUAUUGCAUGCCAUGUGCUGAAAUAACAGGUAUUCUUUCCCUUCUCUCUUCAUUUUCCUCGUGAGGAGUAAUAAGUUGCAAGUUGAAGGCAUUAAAAGGACAAGGUGAAGGGUGAAAUUUAUUUGGGGUGAAGUUAUGAGAUGGGACAUCAUUACUUAUGGUUUAAUGGAUCUAAUGGGAAAUAUGCCUCUAGAUACAGGGAAAUGGAAGAAGAGGAUUACAACCCCAAGUAGUUGGAAUAAGCCUUUAGUUAAGUAUUUCUUUCUUGGACUAAUACAAUUUGCUUCUGUACGGGAACAGCUUGAAGAUGCAGCCAGAUGCCAUUUUCCUG